AUGGCAGCUACUAGCACUUGUUUGACCUUGACAAUAUUGGUGGUUUUUGGAACAUUAAUAUAUAACACAAACAAUGUUUCAGCUCAAUGUGGAGGAAGUCUUCCAGCUCUAAUUUCUGAGUGCUCUAAGUUUGUUCAGAAAUCUGGACCAACUAUUCCACCAUCACCAGGGUGUUGUGCAGUGAUAAGAAGCUUUGAUGUUCCAUGUGCUUGUAAAAUGGUCACUAAAGAAACUGAAAAGUUUGUGAGUAUUCAAAAGACAGUAUUUGUUGCAAGAUCUUGUGGAUUGAAACUUCCUGCUGGAAUGCAAUGUGGAUCUGUUAAACUGCCUCCAAAAGCAAUGAAGUGA